UCACUCCCACGCCGCAAAAGGCGCCAGCUGUAAUCGAAUUAUUUAUUUAGUAUGUUAUAUAACCUGCAACCUCACGUGUGUUAAUAAGCUGCUCCAAAAACUGUGAUAUAUUUUCUUGAAUUUUAGUACUUCCACACUAACCUCCUUUAAUACUAUUUAAAUUACCUUGCUAUACCAUCUGUGCGCAACUUUAGACAAGAAAAUGCUCAUAGUAGGAUUAACCAACUAUUAAAACACCAUCAUAUCUUUGAAAAUCCGUUUGAACAUACAUCUGGGUGAAUGCUCUUUAAUAAAACUCUUGAUAAGAAUCGGCAUACAACCUGCUGCCUCUGAAAAGCAAUACUCCCACGAUGACUGGCGGGUUCUCAGCAGGAUUAUAAUGGCGAAAUCAGUGAACACAGCUUCACCGGACAUUGUAAUCCCAGCCAAUUCUGGAGCUCUUAUCAGACGGGAAAUCCACAGUGGAUGUUGAAAUCCUAGAGGAAAAUACCACCAUCUAGAUAAGGUCGUCGCCAGAGCGCCGUCGAUAGACUAUAUGUAAAGGAGAUAAUCUGGGGGCAGGCCAAGAACCUUAUAAAAAGAGGAACCGGGCGCUGUGAUGCGCUUAAUCGCGGUUCUCAGCUGGCGGAGCCGAAAAGUGGUUCAGUGAUUGAAGGACAGUCAGGCGUCGAGCGGCUUCUUCCACAAUGUCUUCCCUUUUGAACGCCACCGUGGCCACCGGGCCAACCGCCGGCACCUUGGCCCCCCACUCCCAGCUCUUCCUCAGCACCACGGAUUACGUCGUAUUCACUUCGAUGCUGGGCAUCUCCGCCGCAAUCGGAGUUUACUUCGGGUUCUUUGCCAAGGGCGCGGACACCACGGAGGAGUACCUGAUGGGCGGCAAGCGGUUAAGGAUGGUUCCCAUUGCGAUAUCCCUGGUGGCCAGCCAACUGUCGGCCAUCUCCAUCAUGAGCAUUCCGGCGGAAAUGUAUGCCUACGGAAUCAACUGGAUGUUCACCGUGGUUUCCAUGGUGCUUGUGGUGCCGCUGCUGAACUACGUUGUUAUCCCCGUUUUCUACAACAACCACAUCACAAACUGCUACGAGUACUUGGAGCUGCGUUUUUGCCGGGAGAUGCGCGUGAUGCAGACCUUCAUAUUCAUAAUAUCGACGUUCUUCAUGCUGCCCAUCAUAAUUUUCCUGCCCUCACUGGCUUUUGCCCAAGUAACUGGGUAUAAUGUGCACGUCAUCAAUGUCGUGGUCAGCAGCAUCUGCAUUUUCUACACCAUGUUUGGAGGUAUCAAGGCUGUGGUCUGGACCGAUGUCAUCCAGGCAGCCAUCAUGGUGAUGUCGGUGGUUCUGGUGGGCGUUUUGGGUGCCUAUCGAGUGGGUGGCCUCUCCGAAGUCCUUCGCAUUGCCGGCGAGGGAGGACGACUGGACAUCAAUUACAACUUCGAUCUAUCCACUCGCUCCACCAUCUGGAACGUUUUCACCUCGGCGACGCUCACGUGGUCGGGGUACGUGGGUCUGAACCAGAGCUGCGUCCAGCGGAUUGUGGCGCUGCCAUCACUGGGGCACGCCAGGAGAUCCCUGGUGAUCUUUGGCUUUGGCUUUAUCCUGAUCAUGUUAUUCAACAGCUUCACGGGCAUUGUCAUCUACUCCCGCUUCCAGGACUGCGAUCCCAUCCAAGCCGGCCAGGUGUCCAAGCUGGACAAGAUCGUUCCCUACUUCGUGCAGGACACAGUGGGCCACUUGCGGGGCAUGCCAGGUGUCUUCAUUUCAUGCGUGUUCAGUGCUGCCCUCAGCACCCUCUCCGCCGGCAUCAAUUCCCUGGGAGGAGUCGUCUACUUCGACUAUAUCAAACCAUAUAUUAAACACACGGAGCACCGGGCCAACGUGAUUAUGAAGUUGUUCGUCCUCUUUACCGGAGUCUACUGCGUCUUUGGCGGACUGGUGGUGCAGAACUUCAACUCCAUUCUGCAGGUGAUCUACUCGAUUGGGGGCAUAAGCUUUGGAUCCACGUGCGGCGCCUUCCUGCUGGGAAUGCUGGUACCCAAGUCCCACGGCAGGGCCGCUGUAACUGGAGUGCUGGCCAGCAUUGUGUGCAUGGCCACCAUUGUGAUUCUCAGCUGGGGUCGCAACCACUACGAUCCCCUGCCCAUGAGCUCCGCUUCUUGCCCAGCUCCGCCUUCGAACGCAACCAUUGGCACAGGUGCUACCCUUUUCCAUGGUUCCAAAGACCCUGUGGGAGAGGAGGGAUUCAGCAUCCUGGACCUCUCCUUCAACUGGUACAUGGUCGCGGGCUUCGUCAUCACGUGGCUGGUAGCUCUUCCCCUGAGUUACAUCCUAAAGCCCAGGUCCGACUUCAAACUGGACCCCAAGCUACUGUCGCCGGUGGUGCGCCACUUCGCUAUCUUCAAACCGACUCCAGCGGCGGAACCCCAUCAGCUUAAGUUGGAGACGUGCCAAACGGUGUGAAGGUAUGGAGGUGGACCUUUAAUCUAAGAUACUAUAAGAUUAGCUAAUUUUAACAAUCUCUGUCUGAAUUUAAAAUUUUACACGUUUCCAAAAUGUUAUAUUAUGUUUACUAUAUCGAGUUCUUAAAUGUUCCAUUAAAGUUAACUUAAUAUGUAUUGUUUUCUAGAAAAGCUCCCUGUAUUAUUAUGGGCGGUUUUAUCUAGCUAUUGGAGCUCAAUAAACUUAUUAUCUGAGUGAAAGGCUA